AUGGGAAAGAACAAUGCACCCGUUAGACUGGAAUUAGGACACACGCGAAAGGCGCCAAGGACGUCGAUAACGAAAGUAAGGGGAAUCACAAAAGGAAGACUUGACAAUAGAAAGGGAGAUCAAAUGAAGACAAACGAAAGGAGGUGUGGUUCAACCGUAGGAAGGGAGUGGAAAGUAAGUAAGAGAGAGAGAGAGAGAGGCGAGGGAGGAGGGAGGGAGGAGGAGGAGGGGGUAGGGAAGAGAGAGAGCGAAGGUAGCGAAAGAGAGAGAGAGAGAGAGAGGAUGGGAUGGGAUGGCAGACGGCGGAUGGUUGGAGUAAGAAGCAAGAUGGAAGACGGUCAGCUUUGGGCGGAAAGGCAGCCCGAAUGGUCUCUAACGGCCGUGGAUCCCCCGCCAGGGCUCGAUCCGGAAACGGAGGCAGGAAAAGAGGCGAAUGUCCCAAGAAAAUCAAGCCCCUCCAAAACGGGAUGCGAAAAGGAAGAAGAGGAAGGAAUGAUUUUCCCCCUCAUCAAGCCAGCCAUCGGCUGGGUCAUUCGUAUACCAGAAUUGCUAUGA